AUUAUUAUUUCUAAAUUAUAAAAUGGUAAGGUACUCCAGAGAACCAGCAGUUCAAGCUAAAUCCGCUAAAGCUAGAGUUCAAGACGUCAGAACUAGCUAUAAGAACACUUUUGAGGUUGCCGCUGCUAUCAGAGGAAAAUACCUCAAGGAUGCUUAUCACUAUCUCAGAGACGUGCUCGACCACAAGAAUAUUAUUCCAUUCAAAAGAUAUUAUGGAGGUGUUGGAAGAAAGGCUCAAGCCAAUCACCUUAAAGCUUGCCAAGGAAGAUGGCCAGAAAAGUCUGUCAACCACGUUAUCGCUUUGCUAAGAAACGUCAAGAAAAACGUCAAGGCUAAGGGAUUAGAUCUUGAUAAGUGCCAAAUUACCCACAUUCAGGUCAACAGGGCUCAAAACGGAAGAAGGAGAACAUUCAGAGCACACGGAAGAAUUACUCCUUACUUGAACCAUCCUUGCCACAUUGAAAUGUUCGUCACUGAAAAGCAGGAGGAAGUAAAGAAAGGAGAGGGAGAACAAGCAGUCAAAGUGUCUAAGAAGAAAGCUGCUAAACAGAGACUACCAAUCGGAGUGUAA